ACUACACCCAGAUCGGCGAAAGACUCCAGAGUGAUAUCUGCUUCCUCAGCUGGUUUAAAGAUCUGUCCAUAAUAUGGAUGAAUUAAACCAAGAUCCCCGAUUCAGGAGACUCUUUGAAAGACUUGUGAUGGAUGUUUCCCCAAUGGAGGAUCUCCUCAAGAAGCUGCGGGGCCUGGUAACAAACAUCAAAUGGACACCAGAAGAGGUCACGGACAUGUUUGAUGCUCUUAAAAACCGCUUUGAGUCAACCCCAAAAUAUGACAGGUCACAUUUCUCAGUUUGGAUGCUAGAAAUAUUGCACUUGAUAGAGAUUAAUUAUAUCACUCCGACUUGGAGAUUGGAAACAGGAAAAACACUCUUGGAUCUGAUUCGAGACCAAACUGUGACUGAGGGAAAUCUCAAAAAGCACUUAGAAGAAGAGAAAGACAAGCAACUGGAUGAAAUUAUUGAUGAAAUUCGUCAAGAAAAGCUAAAUCAAGUUGAUGAAGAGCUUUUAGAAAAGGUGAAAAACAUUGUAUCAUCAGUUGCAGCGGAUAAGAAACUUCCAAACGAUGGGUCAGAGUUGAAUAACCUGAAAAGAACCUUGCAGACGAUCUGUAGGGCAGUGAAAUCAAGAAUGGACUAUUCACCACGACUGACACAGAUGGUGAGCUGGUGUCUUCUGGCUCUCUCCAAAACAGGCCGGUUAAUUCAAGUUGCCACUGGAGAAGGAAAGUCAUGCAUAGUAGCAAUGUUCGCUGCUUUUCGGGUUAAGCAAGGGCAAAACGUAGAUAUCAUUACGAGUUCAGAAGUUCUCGCAAAAAGAGAUCUGGAAGAGUGGAAGCCAUUUUUUGAAGAAAUGAAAAUCACUGCUGAUUGCAACACCAUGAAACUGGACCUAAACUUGAAACAAUGCUAUAAGUGUAAGGUUGUUUAUGGGACCGUGCAGCAGUUUGCUGGAGACUGGCUCAGGCAGCGCUUUCACAGGAAGAAUAUACUUGGGCAGAGGACGUUCCAGUGUGCAAUCGUGGAUGAAGUUGAUUCCUUGAUGCUUGACAAAGGUCAUCAUGUGGUUUAUCUGGGAACUGACAUGCCAGCUUUACAGCAUCUGAACCCACUCCUGGUGCUCAUUUGGGCCACUGCAACUCAGUACAGAAAGAUCAGCUCAGAGAUAACUGUGGGGAAAAAACAUCCCUUCCCUCAUGUGCUGCUUGAGAACAUACAAAACACACACGUUGACGAGUUCAGUGUUCUCCAAAUGGCUGAAGACACUGGGAUACUGGCAAAAGGGUGUGCAAAUCAAAUACGACGAGACUCAAGUCUUUGGACUCAAAAAAUGGCAAAUGUGACAGUUGAUCAGCUGGUGAGGUUCUUUGAGAAGGCAGAGAUGAGAUUCCCAUUUUGCAGGUUUUCUUUGCACUGCAUAAACAAAAAUGGCAAAAUAGAAGAGUUGAAUAAAAGAUCUGCAGGACAAGAUGGAACAAGCAAAAUAGUGCACUUGUUAUUAAGAAGCGGCGGCCUCUGUCAGUACAUGUAUCCUGAUGAAGACGGAGUGAAGAAGGCUGCAGAAGAAGAAGUCAAACAAUCAUUGUGUUUUACACCCUGUAAGGUCAUCCAUGAUAAACACAUCUGUCACAUACCAAGUUUUUUCUCCAAACUCGUGAAUUCACAACUGAGAAUUUGGAUUCAAAAUGCAUUUGAGGCACAAACCAUGACAGAGAAUGAUGAAUAUGUCAUUGAGACACAUGGAAUCGUUCCUGUUGACUACAGCAACACAGGAGUUGUUGAAAAUAGCACACAGUGGACAGAUGGACUGCACCAGUUUCUUGAAUUGAAGCAUGGGGCCAAGAUGAGUCAAAUGAGUAUCAUAACUAACUACAAAUCCAGUAUUGGUUUGUUUCAAAUGUAUGGAAAUCAGAUCUAUGGGAUGUCUGGGACUCUUGGCCAACAAGUGGAGACUGAAGCUUUGCAGAAGAUCUACAAAGACAUCAACACCUGCAGGAUACCUACAUUCAGACGAAGAAAACUGUUUGAAGUUGAAGCCAAAGUCGUAAGCAAUGAAAUGGAGUGGAUAGAAACCAUUUGUGAUGUUGUCAUUGAACAAACCAGAGCAACAUCAUUUAGAGGUAAAAGAGCUGCACUGGUCAUCUGUGAGACCAUCAACCAUGCAAAGACUCUGGAGAAAGCUCUAAAAAGCAAGGGCAGCAAAAAACUUUACAUCAACAACAACAUGGACAAUGAAGCUGUCCUAAAGCAAAAGCUUGAAGCAGGAGAAGUCAUCGUAGCCACCAACCUUGCAGGUCGUGGAACAGACCUCAAGGUUUCAGAGUCGGUCAAGACAGCAGGAGGUUUGUUUGUCAUUCAGACUUUCCUCCCCAGGAAUGCCCGUGUGGAGGCCCAGGCAUUCGGCCGCACUGCGAGGCAGGGAUCUCCUGGGUCUGCUCAGCUCAUUAUCUGCACCAAGCAUCUGUCAAAGUUACAGCAGCUACAACUUCAGGUAAAGAAACUUCAAUCUCUGUUUGAAAACAUGAUCGAUCUCACGGCAUGUUUCACUUCAAUUGGUCAGAUAACAUUUCCAAUGCUACUGAUGCAAUAUCAAAACAAUUCUCUACAAAAUCCAAGUAUGUUGAAAUUGGCACUGCUACCCAGUUUGACUGAGAACUCAGUUCCAGAAGUGAAAGUAGUUAAAGAGAGCAGGGACAAAUCUGUGGCUGAAAACCUGUCCACCUACCUAGAGAGUGCUGUUCCAAAUAUAAAGAAGAAGGAGGCGCUCUUCAGUCAGUAUCUGGAUGUACUAGACAACCUGUAUCGAAGUGCUGACAACAAACCAGCAGCUUCAGAUGUUUCAGCUCUCAAUGAAUUUUGGGGAAUGUGGCUAAUCACAGAAUACAAAGACUCUGAAUGCAUAGAAUCCUUGAAAAGCAAACUUGCUGAAGACCUGAGUGCAGCCAGAGAAAAACUGAACCAGAGACAGUCACCUUUAUCCAACCCGCACCACUGCACUGCAUUUGGAAAUGAACUUCGCAAGAAUGGAAACCUCAAAGGAAGCAUUGAAAUGUACUCUAAAGCCAUACAGGAGGACCCCUGCUUUGCUGCAGUUGCACUUUACAACCGUGCAUUUGCUUACUUAGCACAGCAAAAUGGGAAACAGGAUCACGUCUGCCUCACACGAGCUCUGCAGGAUUUGCAAAAAGCGCUCAGGUCUGUUCAGCUGUACUGUGAGCAAACUAAGGUCACUCGAAUUUACUACUCACAAUCCAAACACAGUCCUAGCAAUCAACUGAGCAGAUUUGACCAACAGCUUGUAGCCAGAGAAAAAGUGUUGCAGCUUUUCAUGUCAAACAUUAAUAUGGCUAUCAUAAAGUUGGACAGGGUCAGUACCUUUGGUGGGACUGUUAAAGUGGAAGAGAUUCUGUUGGCUUCAGCAGAGGAUCUUCUGGCUGUUCUAGUCCAUGGAGUAGAAUCACUGUUUGCACUUCGUUUGGGAGACCAUCUGAGGAUCCUUCAAAUCAACAGCGAUCCUUCGCUGGAUGUUUUCAAUGAACUCAGGAGCCUCGACUCUCUGGGCCUGACUCGUGUCUACAGUUUGGACACCAUCUUCUCUGUGGGCGGCUUUUUCUCAAAGCUACACAGGUUCAUAACUCAAAGCUCGAAAUAAAUGGCAUCCAAAAUGCAUCUGCCAGCCACGGAUUUCCAUGUACUAAGAAACUGACCAGGUGAUGAUUGUUGUUUUAUUUCUUGAUGUGUCAGAAACAAUUCAGACAUGGACAAAAUGAUUGUUUUGUUCUUUCUUUGUGAAAUCUGAAAUGUCUGAUCAUUCAUUCUCAUGCAGCUGCCAGCUCUGAUCAUUUAUAGUUGUGAAAAUGUCACUUAGAAAGUGUCACCUGACCUUUCCCAUCUAACAGGCUAGCAUUAAAAUCCACAGCAUACUGCCGAUUAUUUUGAUUUAAAAACUUAAUUCCUCUCCAUGUUUUCCAAAAAGGUUGUGAUAUUGUCUGAACCAGAUCAAUGUACUCAAACAAAACAUGAUAUAUAAUAAUGUAAAUUGUUUGCACAUUAUCUUUUUCAGUUUGAGGUCAGCUUGUGAUUGCUAAAAUUGUUUAUCUGUGUUUUCUGCAUCAGAUUUUAAUACCUAAUUUUGCAUAAAAUAAGAAAUAUUGCAUAACAUUAUUGGUUGCUUUUUUUCUUCUGUUUCUUCAAUGCAAGUUUUGAACAAAUACACUUCUGAGAGAAAGUCACUCAUUAAAAAAAAAUGUUGAUGUUCCUGUCAGUAUAAGCAACAGAAUGUUUUCAGCAACAGAUUUUUUUUUUAAUUUUAGUAGUUGUAGUCAAUUUAUUGAUUGAUUCUUGUGUUUCCUGCUGCAAAAGGUUUUAUUUUAAUAGUAUGUGUAUAAAACAUGACACAAAUCUUUGUGAAACAUGACCGUCAUAAGAGUAUCAUUCAAGUGAUAUUUUGGAAAACUAGAGCAACAUUUUGAUAAUUAAACAAUGUACGAGAUUUAUCUUUGCAUAAUAAUAUUGAAUAAAAAAAAAAAAACGCAAG